UGAAUUUGUGUCCUGGUUGUUGGAAAUUGGAGAAAUACACAAAUCUGAAGAAGGUGUUCAUCUUGGCCAAGCUUUAUUAGAGAAUGGCAUUAUCCAUCAUGUUACAGAUAAGCACCAAUUCAAACCUGAACACAUGCUGUACAGAUUCCGAUAUGAUGAUGGAACAUACUACCCAAGAAAUGAGAUGCAGGAUGUGAUCUCUAAGGGUGUACGACUGUACUGUCGCCUUCACAGUCUGUUUACCCCAGUAAUUAGGGAUAAAGAUUAUCACCUGAGAACCUACAAAUCUGUGGUCAUGGCUAACAAACUCAUAGACUGGUUGAUUGCACAGGGGGAUUGCCGGACAAGGGAAGAAGCUAUGAUAUUUGGUGUAGCUCUUUGUGAUAAUGGGUUUAUGCACCAUGUGUUAGAGAAAAGCGAGUUUAAAGAUGAACCACUGCUGUUCCGUUUUUAUGCGGAUGAAGAAAUGGAAGGGUCAAAUAUGAAGCACAGACUCAUGAAACAUGAUCUGAAAGUAGUGGAAAAUGUCAUAGCCAAGUCAUUACUGAUUAAAUCUAAUGAAGGGACCUAUGGUUUUGGUUUAGAAGAUAAAAAUAAGGUGCCAAUUAUUAAAGUGGUGGAGAAAGGAUCAAAUGCUGAGAUGGCAGGCUUGGAAGUUGGGAAAAAAAUCUUUGCCAUUAACGGUGACCUGGUUUUUCUGCGACCCUUCAGUGAAGUGGAUUGCUUCCUGAAAGCAUGUUUAAACAGCAGAAAGCCCCUGCGGGUUCUUGUGAGCACUAAACCACGGGAGACAGUGAAGAUUCCUGACUCUGCAGAUGGACUCGGAUUCCAAAUCCGGGGCUUUGGCCCAUCAGUUGUCCAUGCUGUUGGGAGAGGAACAGUGGCAGCUGCAGCAGGUCUCCACCCUGGCCAAUGCAUAAUCAAAGUGAACGGAAUUAAUGUCAGCAAAGAGACUCAUGCAAGUGUUAUUGCUCAUGUCACGGCUUGCAGGAAGUACAGGCGGCCAAUGCAGCAAGAUUCUAUACAGUGGGUUUACAACAGCAUUGAAAGUGCACAGGAAGAUCUUCAGAAAACAAACACCAAGCCCUCUGGAGAUGAUGGAGGAGAUGCUUUUGACUGCAAAGUGGAAGAGGUAAUUGACAAAUUUAACACUAUGGCAAUAAUUGAUGGGAAGAAAGAUCAUGUGAGUCUGACUGUUGACAAUGUUCAUCUGGAAUAUGGAGUGGUUUAUGAGUAUGACAGCACAGCUGGAAUAAAGUGCCACGUGUUAGAAAAAAUGAUUGAACCAAAGGGGUUUUUCAGCUUGACUGCAAAGAUUCUUGAAGCACUGGCAAAAAGCGACGAACAUUUUGUGCAGAAUUGCAACAGCCUCAAUUCCUUAAAUGAAGUGAUCCCCACCGAGCUUCAAAGUAAAUUCAGUGUCAUUUGCAGUGAGAAAAUUGAGCAUAUCUACCGAAGAAUCUCUAGUUAUAAAAAGUUUUCAAGAGUAUUAAAAAACAGAGCUUGGCCUACCUUCAAACAAGCUAAGUCAAAGAUUUCACCACUUCACAGCAGUGAUUUCUGUCCAACCAAUUGCCAUAUCAACGUGAUGGAAGUUUCUUACCCUAAAACCUCAACUUCCCUUGGUAGUGCCUUUGGCGUACAGUUAGACAGCAGAAAACAUUCUUCCCAUGAGAAGGAAAAUAAAAAUACUGAUCAAGGUAAACUGAAUCCCAUGAUUUAUGUCCAACAUACCAUUGCUACUAUGGCUGCCCCUUCAGGACAGUCUCUUGGCCAGCAAGAGGGCCAUGGUCUCAGGUACCUCUUAAAAGAAGAAGAUUUAGAAACACAAGAUGUCUAUCAAAAAUUGCUGAUCAAAUUACAAGCUGCACUGAAAGAGGUGGAAACAUGUGUUUGUCAAAUAGAUGACCUUCUUUCUUCAAUAACAUAUUCUCCCAAGUCAGAACGUAAAACACCUGAGCCUUUAAUACCGGCAGACAUUGAUAAUGAAAAGGGGGAAAGGAAUGGGAAGAAAGUCUGUUUCAGCGUGACAGGUGAUGAACAAGAAGAUUCUGGUCAUGAUACCAUCAGCAACAGGGAUUCUUACAGUGAUUGCAACAGCAAUAGGAACUCCAUUGCUUCAUUCACCAGCAUUUGUAGCAGUCAGUGCAGCUCUUAUUUUCACAGUGAUGAAAUGGAUUCAGGCGAUGAGCUUCCCAUAAGUGUUCGAAUCUCCCAUGAUAAACAGGACAAGCUCCAUAGUUGUUUGGAGCAUCUUUUUGGUCAAGUCGAUUCAAUUGUCAAUCUUCUGAAAGGACCAGCUGUGAUGAGGGCCUUUGAGCAGACAAAAUACUUUACACCAGGUCGAGGCCUCCAAGAAUUUCAGCAAGAAACAGAGCCUGAACUUAACUGUCCAAAGAGGCUACGACUCCACAUCAAGCAAGACCCUUGGAACCUCCCCAGCAGCGUCCGGAGUCUUGCCCAGAAUAUCAGAAAAUUUGUUGAAGAGGUGAAGGCACGAAUACUCUUGGCACUUCUUGAGUAUACAGAUAGCGAGAUACAACUGAGGCGAGACAUGGUCUUCUGUCAGAGCCUAGUGGCCACAGUCUGCGCUUUUUCAGAGCAACUAAUGGUGGCCUUAAAUCACAUGUUUGACAACAACAAAGAAUAUGAAAUGGAGACGCUGGAGGCCAGCAGAAGGUGGUUGGAACAGAUAGCCACUGCGGGUCUUCUCCUUCAUUUCCAGUCCCUGCUCUCACCUAACCUGGCUGAUGAGCAAGCUAUGCUAGAAGAUACAUUGGUUGCCCUGUUUGACUUGGAAAAAGUUACUUUUUACUUCAGACAAUCAGAGCCAGAACCACUAGUUGCGAAUGUACCAAUCACAUACCAAGCAGAAGGAAGCCGGCAAACUCUGAAGGUUUACUUCUACCUUGACAGUUACCAUUUUGAACAGCUUCCUCAAAGGCUGAAGAAUGGAGGGGGAUUUAAAAUCCACCCAGUACUUUUUUCACAAGCAUUGGAGAGCAUGGAAGGAUAUUAUUACAGAGACAGUGUCUCAGUAGAAGAAUUUCAAGCUCAGAUUAACGCAGCCUCACUAGAAAAAGUCAAGCAGUAUAACCAGAAACUACG